AUGAUGAUCGGCGGCAGCUCCCACUGCCCUACAUGUAAACGUAGAAAGAAAGCUCGCAAGAUCAAGGAUAGGCUCAGCAAACUCCCCGACCAUCUCCUCCGUCGCAUUCUCUCCUCCGUCGACCCGAAUUCGCCGUCCAAACUUGCCUUCUCUCCCGGCGGUGGAGAUCCGUCUGGAAAGGCGUCCCCGCCCUCAAUUUGGACUCCAAAUCCUUCAACAAUACUGGCCAUAGCUUCAACAAGUUCGUCUCCGAAAUCAUCUCCCGCCGCUACGACUCCGCCCCAGUCGAUGAAAUCAGCUUAG